CUAAUAUAACAUUCACAGCAAAAGUAUUCUAUUAGAACAUUAUGAGAACAAUGGAACCGAUAAUCUUGUUUUACAAAAUUUCCUUCUUUGCAGCACUUCUCAUUUCAUCAAAUAUAUUCGUUGAAGCGGGAAAUGUUGGUGUGAACUAUGGAAGGCAAGGAAACAACCUACCGUCCCCGAGUGCAGUCGUUAGCCUCUUAAGAUCGAGAAAUGUGGACCGAAUUCGGCUUUUUAGUCCAGAUUGGGAUGUCCUAAAUGCCCUACGAGGGUCAGGAAUCGGAGUCGUACUUUGUGUCCCCAACCGAGAUAUCCAAAGGAUGGGAAAUGAUCCAGAUUUUGCUGGAAAUUGGAUUUGGAACAAUGUCCUUUCAUUCGGUGAUGUUCAAUUUCGAUACAUUUCAGUGGGAAAUGAAGUCAAUAUUCCUUACGCUGGAGAGUCAAAUCACAUUCUUCCUGCUAUGCGAAAUCUUCAUAAUGCACUUAGAGCUGCUGGGAAAACAACUCCAGUUACUACAACUAUUUCUUUUGGUGUGGUUGUAGAUUCAUACCCUCCCUCUCGUGGACGAUUUUCCGACGGCGCCCAAAACAUAAUGAGAUCGAUAGUAGAGUUUUUAGUAGCCAACAGGAGUCCUCUCCUCGUAAAUAUCUAUCCUUACUUCGCGUACAAUGACAACCGACAACAAAUACAAUUGGAUUAUGCGUUAUUUACGGCAAAUCGAGUUAUUGUAACGGACAGCGGUAACGGACUACGGUACUGGAACUUGUUUGAUGCUAUGACCGAUGCAGCAUAUGCGGCGAUCGAGAAGGUUGGUGGAUACAAUGUCGAUAUUGUCGUUGCCGAAAGUGGAUGGCCAUCUGGUCAAAAUGGAGAUAUUGCAACCAUUCCAAAUACUAGGACAUAUGUUAACAAUUUGAUUUCACACGUAUCGGGAACAUCUGGAACCCCCAAAAGGCCAGGGAGGAGCAUAGAGACUUAUAUUUUUGGCCUUUUUAACGAGAAUACGAAGGGUGGUCUCCCGACUGAGCGACAUUUUGGCCUGUACUACCCUGACAUGAGAGAAAUCUUCCCUGUCACUUUCCGUUAGGCAAUCAAAGGAACAUCAAUUAGCUGCAUGACAAAGAAGUAAGUUCCAUGCACGCUAAUUCAAUAAUUAAGGUUAUGUAUACAGUAUACCUGCUUAAUUAAAUAAAUGAUGUAACUAAGGUUAUGCGCCGCAGUUACCUAUAAUGACAUGAUAAGGUAAUAGAAAGACAAACACCAGCAAUCAUGUCAUUUGGGUUCAACUAUAUGUACGUAAUGUGGUUCAUUUAGGACUAUAAUAACAAAAUUACGAUGUAUUAUACAGAUGUCGUUUUCGUA